AUGUUAUCUAAUACUCAUUGGGAUGAGACCAAUGUGCAAACAUUAGUUUGGGAAGAAGUAACUAUUCAAGAUCCAGUACAGGGUCAAGAAGGUAAUAAAAUGAGGUUGCCUUCACAACCAUCAACCACAAUUAUGAACUGUUUGUUUAAUGCUUGUCAGGAAAUCAAUCGUGUUGGCAGUCCAACAUUACACGAGAAUGUAAUAAAGGACCUUUAUACACAAAUAUUUAUCAAGUUUCUUGACUUAUACACGCAGUUUGUUUCGGAUACGGCUCAAUUCACAAAUGUUUCUGAAAAAAGUGCUAUACAAUUAUUAUAUGAUAUUAAAUUUUUGAAAAAAAUUUUUGAAAGUUGUUGGUCUUCAAACAUGGUUGACGUUGAAGAUGAUAUUCAAGCAUAUAAACAAAGAGAACAAAUGGCAAAUCAAAUUUUGGAGGCUAUUAGACUUAAAAUUGAUCCAAUAGAUUUUGAAAUAUUUAAGCCAUUUCUUGAUAAGAACGUCGAGAGACAUUAUACCCGGAGUUCAAUUAUGUUAGGGCUUUUAAUUCAAUUAAAUCCGAAGAUUACUGAUAUACGCCGUAAAGGAGUUGCAUUACAGGAUUAUCAUAACAUAUUAGCUGUCGCGCCACAGGCUGCUAGAUUUACUUUAUUACCAAUUA